AUGUUUUCUUUACUUUCUAAAUUACCUACACAACGUGACGUUAUCCCAUAUCACCUAAACAAGAAACCCUCAGAGGGCGACAACAGGAGGAGCGAGGGGGUGGAGGGCGGUGCGCGGGAGCAGGAAUAUUCAAAGCGUGAGAACGCCGCGCGACCCGCAUGCCGCGACUUCACAUAUCUCACGCGCAACCUCACCGCGCACCGCGGAAAAACAAACCGGGUGAGUGUGUGUGCGGUUGUAGUUUUCGGCGGGGCCCCGGGCAUCGACCUCGUGAAAGACCCGCCGGGCGCUCGCCUUUUUACGCGCUCUUUCCCGCCGCGGCCGCCAACCCCGCGGGCCCCUGGCGGUCGCCGCCCGCAGAUAGCGAGCCAGCUGUCACCAAUCGAUGUUCCGUCUGACUCGCGUAUUAUUUUUCGCGAAUUGUUUCGAUUCCUUCACAUUUGUAUAUACGCUGAUUUGAAGCAACAAUUUGUUAAGAACAGAUAUUGUGCAUGUGUCCCGCCUCCCCCCCCGCCACCCCUCACCAUCCGCUCCGCGCCACCCGCGCGCCUCAUGACGUCACUAUUGCACUCCUCAUUAUCGCCUCUCUAUGAUGUCCGAUGGCAGGUGCGCACAGACUGCACUCUGCGCGUCUGCGCACUGCGAACCCACUUCCGACCGCGUAUCCACGACACCACGGAUCGCAACAAUAACUAUACUAUAAGCGACAUUAGACCUUCUGGCUUGGACGCAAAGUACAUUUUACACCAAGAGCAGAACCUCCAACAAAAACGUUCUCUCGAUGAAAGUAAGCACAGCGGUAGUUCGAAGAUCCGCAAUGAAUUCUACUUAGCCGAUACGUGCCGCGCGUACGUACUUUACAGUGGAAUGCAUCGUACUUACUGUUUACUCAUGACGCGGGUUAAUGCGUAG